UAAUACAGGCCGCUUCAGUUCUCUCUUAGUGAUCAUCAUCUCUUUACAACAUGGAGGAGGUCUUGACCGUUGGGCCGUGGGGAGGUGAAGGUGGAAGCCGUUGGAGCUUCGUGGAAAAUAAGGGUGGGAUCAUUGAGAUGGAAAUUGUUCAUGGAGGUGCCAUCGAUUCAAUUUCAUUCAAAUGUGGAGAUGAGUAUGGUGUACUCCAGCAUUCUAAGAAGGUUGGUGGUAAGGGUGGCAAUAAAACUGACAAGAUAUCACUCAACUGGCCUGAAGAGUACCUGACAUCCUUUAGCGGUACAGUUAAGGACUUGGGGACCCAUAUUGUAAUUUGUUCUCUAAGUUUUAAAUCAAAUAAGACUGAAUAUGGACCCUAUGGAACUGUGGCCGGUCAACCAUUUUCCUACCGUAUGGAGGGUGGCGUAAUUGUUGGAUUCCAUGGUCGUGCUGGUGAUUAUGUUGAUGCCAUUGGUGCCUAUGUGAAAAUAAUGCCGAAAGAGCCGGACGAUACUUUGAAAAUGGUUUUACCUGUACCUCGAGGACCUGGGCCGUGGGGUGGGCAUGGCGGGAUGGAAUGGGAUGAUGGAGUUUUUCCGGCAAUCGGUGAAUUGCAAUUGCACGUUGGAGAUUCAGUGAUUCAUGCAAUUCGUGUGUUGUAUGAAAGCAAAGACGGGAAACCUAUUUGGUCACCGAAGCAUGGUGGAGAUGGCGGUGAUCAAAUUAAGACGAUAAAACUGGAAGUAUCAAAGGAAUUUUUGGUUCGCAUUGUGGGAUUUUAUGGGCCUGUUAAAGGGAGCGAUAGCUUCAAAGCUUUGCGGUCCAUUACAUUCUACACAAACAAAGCCAAAUAUGGACCCUAUGGCGAUGAGAUUGGUGAUGCUUUCACAUCAAGUGUUGCCACAGGAAAGGUUGUUGGUUUCCAUGGAAGAAGUGGUGUCUAUUUAGAUGCCAUAGGAGUGCAUAUGGAAUACUUCUGAACAUGUUACUAGAGAAUGAGCAGCAUUCAUAAAUAAUCUACUACUUGAAUAUGUUUCUUUUUAAAUAUUGGUUUUGAAAGGAAUAUUUGAAUGGGGAAAAAUCAUCUACUUAAAGAAAGUGUGACGUACAUUUCCUCUUCUUUGAAUUGGGGGAUUAUAGGCCGAUUCUAUGUGUUAUUUGAAAAUUGUUGUGGUGUUGUUGUCGUUGUUUUGGUGUUGUCCUGUUUGGUUGAGUUGAGUGUCUCAUCUAUUUGUAAAUUUGUUUUGAAUGAAAUAAAGCUGCUCAUCCUUCUGUUUA